AACGAAUCACUCAAACCAAAACUCCCCUCCACACUGCUACUGGCAGUGGCUAUUAAAAAUAUAUGACAUUAUAAUAUAAAUAAUAAUUAAUUAAUUACUGAAAAUAAAUAAAUAUACACAAAAAAGAAUUAGAAAAACCAAAAAGUGAAAAACAGGAGAGGAGGAUAAAGAAAGAAGAUGUUGGCGAAAGAAUCUGGUGGUUCCACCUUCGAUCUUCCCGAGGAAGUAUUGCAAGUGUUACCGUCCGAUCCCUUUGAACAGCUAGAUGUGGCCCGCAAAAUCACUUCCAUUGCUCUCUCUACACGUGUCUCCUCCCUUGAAUCCGAAUUUUCCGCUUUGCGCCUUCAGCUCGCCGAGAAAGACCACCUCAUCGCCGAACUUCAGUCUCAUAUUGAGUCUCUCGACGCCUCCCUCUCCGAUUCUGCUGAUAAACUCGCCCAGGCCGACGCUGAGAAGGAGAACUUGCUGAAAGAGAAUGCUUCGCUAUCUAACAUUGUAAAGAAGCUUCAGAGAGAUGUCUCAAAGUUGGAAGUGUUCAGAAAGACACUGAUGAAGUCACUGCAAGAUGAUGAAGAAAGUUCUUCAGGAGCUAUACCUAUCAUCGCCAAGCCAACACCAACAGAAGAUGAUGCCUCGAUGCUACCUUCAAGAACAUCUUCAAUGCGGAGCCAAUUCUCAGAAAUGGGAAAUUCAUUUGCAGAGGAUCGUGAAAUAGAUGCAUCGUCAAGACCAGGAAUGUCACAUGGUCCUCUGUUAGCAUCUCAAACAAGCACUCCCCGGUUUACUCCUCCGGGUUCCCCUCCGAGUUUUUCAGCUUCUGUAUCUCCUACUAGAACAUCUAAACCGGUGUCCCCAAGACGUCAUUCAAUGUCAUUUUCUACCUCAAGAGGCAUGCCUGACGAUAGGUCUUCUUUAUUUUCUUCUAUACCAUCAAGCCAACAUAGCUCAAUAUCCAGCUCUGAAACAGGGUCACAUACUGGGAGAACUCGUGUCGAUGGGAAAGAAUUCUUCCGCCAAGUCAGGAGUCGACUAUCUUACGAGCAGUUUGGUGCAUUUCUAGCAAAUGUGAAGGAGUUAAAUUCUCACAAGCAAACAAAAGAAGAUACUCUGAGGAAGGCUGAGGAGAUUUUUGGGCCGGAUAAUAAGGACCUUUAUGUAAUAUUCGAGGGACUAAUCACUCGGAAUGUUCACUAAAAGCGGCUUAUAUGGAACUGAAUCGAGAGUUUGCAUGCAUUGGUAUUACCACUUCGCAGUCCACUACGCAUGUUUGGUUUCUGUUGUAAAUUAAUAUCAAGUGUAACGACACUUUUCUAUGGCGUACUUCCGUUCAUAAUCUAUUAUUUGUUAACAUCAGCAGCGAUCACUGAAAUAACUAGUGAGUGGCUUGAUGAGAGUCUUUGAAAUGGAUAUGGAUAGAAAGAAUGUCAGUAGGUGGUAAAUCAGAGAAGACAUUUCAGCUUUUGCUGGGAAUAACAAUUUUAGCAGUAAAGGCAUUUAACUGGA